AUGACACCCGAUGAUAUGAUCGAAAGCGUGGAAACAGCGUCACCAACGAAUACAUCUAUAGUGGCACGUCCAAAGAAGAAAGAGCCAGAAUCCAGUGAAGACAGCCUCAUUCACGUGACAAAAACGACGAGCACGAAUAAAAUAUCGUUCAAGAAAGUUCCGAACGCUGAUGAAGACAUCUCUGCAGAUGAGGAGACGUGA